GAUGAAAGCGCUGCGGAUUGCGGACGGUCCCGUGAUUUUAGAGGCGAGUGUGACUCGGUGUCUCAAAGGGGCAAGUACUCUCAACAGUUAUUGCAAAUUUCACCCCCCGUGGAAGGAAGUAAAGGAGAAAUCCCCGGGUGUCCCCCCACCGGUGUAAAAACACCCCCAGUGUCGAGGACACUCACCGCCAAAUCAGCUGAUCCACAAGAAUUCAUAUUCAGUGAAAAUUCCUGGGGCAAUCAUGUCCGCGUGUCCGAGAAUUCAGCAGGCGAAUGGUGAUGGAAAUUUAUCAUCACCUAGGAAAAAACAGAGGACCACCACUUCUUCGAGUUUAACUAAGGUCACUGUUGUCCUUGGGGCACAAUGGGGUGACGAGGGAAAGGGAAAGGUUGUAGAUAUGCUUGCUGAUGAUGCUGAUGUUGUCUGCCGGUGUCAGGGUGGAAAUAAUGCGGGACAUACGGUGGUCGUUGAUGGAGUCUCCUUCUUCUUUCACCUGCUGCCUAGUGGAAUUAUCAAUCCAAGAUGCAAAUCAGUACUAGGGAAUGGAGUUGUUAUUCACCUGCCAGGAUUAUUCGAGGAGCUCGAGCAGAACGAGGCGAAGGGUCUCAAGGAUUGGCAGGACAGGUUGAUAAUCUCGGAUCGUGCCCACAUUGUCUUUGAUUUUCAUCAGCAAGUCGAUGGAAUGCAGGAGCUCGAGAAGGGAACGCAAUCCCUGGGGACGACGAAGAAGGGCAUUGGUCCCACGUACUCGAGUAAAGCCACCAGAAAUGGAUUGAGAAUUGGCGAUUUACUCGGGGAUUUUGAUAAAUUCUCCGAGAAAUUCAAGACUCUGGUGCAACAAUGUCAGAGAAUGUUCCCAUCUCUUCAGGUCGACGUCAAUUCAGAACUCGAGCGGUACAAAGGCUAUGCAGAACGUGUGAGACCCCUGGUGAAGGAGACAGUGUGGUUUCUUCACAAAGCCCUGAAGGCAGGUCAGAAGGUUCUGGUGGAGGGUGCUAAUGCUGCCAUGUUGGACAUUGACUUUGGUACUUAUCCAUAUGUAACAAGUUCGAACUGCAGUAUUGGGGGUGUUAUCACUGGCCUCGGGUUACCUCCAUCCACUAUCGGUGAUACCAUCGGGGUUGUCAAGGCCUACACCACGAGGGUUGGAGAUGGUCCUUUCCCAACAGAGCUCACCGACUCCACUGGGGAAAUACUCCAAACACGUGGACGAGAAAUUGGAGUUACCACACGCAGGAAGAGGCGGUGCGGAUGGCUAGACCUUGCGUUGCUCAAGUUCACUUCGAUGGUCAAUGGAUACACAGCACUUUGUUUAACUAAAUUGGACAUCCUGGACACCCUUCCAGAAUUGAAAAUAUGCACUGGUUAUCGUCUGAAUGGGAAGGAGAUUGAAUAUUUCCCGAGUACAGCGUCAGAUCUGGCGAAGGUCGAGCCGAUCUACGAGACCUUCGAGGGAUGGAAUUCGACGACAGAAGGUGUACGUUCCCUCGAUAAAUUACCUGUAAAUGCUCGUAAAUUCGUGAGGAUAAUUGAAGAAAAUUUGAAUAUUCCAGUCAAAUGGGUCGGCGUUGGUGCAGGAAGAGAGAGUGUCAUUGCUCUCUGACGAUUUAAUGUAAUUAAAGAAUCAUUUGAUCGCACUAUUUUCUGUGUAUUAAUAAGGAUAAUUAAUGUAUUGUUAAUUGUUAGAAGCUGAUGCGCACAGAAUCAUGGAGAAGAUUGUAUGAAAAUAUUGAGAAGCCUCUUGUAAAAUGCAUGAAAUCAAUUAAUCAGUGCGCUUAGUCUGAACCUAUUAACUUAAUUUGCAAACUUUACCAAUCAAUUAUAAUUAUGAAAUAAUUAUCUUCACAUUUCUUCGUUCAA